UGCAAAACAAUUCCGCGGCUCGCACACCAGCCAGGCUAUAGCGCAUGUGUUUGAGGAAAUGCUCCAGACAUGGGGUAUACCUAAAACAUCAGUACAUGUUGUGCUUCGUGACAAUGCCAAAAACAUGAUUAAAGCCAUGAAUGACGCAGGGCUCCCAAGUCUGCCGUGUGUCGCGCACACGCUCCAACUGGCUGUUCACGAGGGCUUAUUAGCACAGAGGAGCAUAGCUGAUGCUAUAGCAGUGGGGCGGAAGAUAGUUGGGCAUUUUAAACAUUCCGCCUUAACCUACUCCCGCCUCGAGGACAUUCAGGGACAGCUCAACCAGCCAAUAAAGAGACUGCAGCAGGACGUACAGACGUGCUGGAACAGCACGUAUUACAUGCUCCAGUCCCUCAUUGAGCGAGUGCUGGGGGUGUAUGUGUCCGAGCAUGAACUCCCUGACUAUCUCACCGCUCACCAAUGGGCUCUUAUGGAGAAGACAGUUGCCAUCCUUGCCCCCUUUGAGGAACUAACUAAAAAAGUGAGCAGCUACGACGCACUAGCCUCUGAUGUCAUCCCAGCUGUGACUGUGCUAGUGAGACUUCUAAACAGAGAAACAGACGAGGACCACGGCGUCAAGACAAUGAAAGCAACCUUACUGGCAGCUGUCAAGAAGCGCUUCAGUGACGUCGAGACCAACCCACUGUACUUCAUCUCCACCAUACUUGACCCAAGGUAUAAAGAUCGCUUCUUCUCCAACACUGCUCCGGAGGCCAAGCUGCACCUGAAGCAGGAGCUGCAGAUGAUGUCCAGAGCUGAGGCAGAGGGGAGUCAGGCAGAAGCUGCAGAACCUCCUGCUAAACUGUUCCUCAAGGCCCAGGCCAGCACUAGCAGCAGUCUGGACACUGUAUUUGAAGAAAUCGCUAAGGAGCAGCCCCAGGCAGCACAGCCGCUGGCAGCAGGUGCUGCCAUUGAGCUCGACACAUACCUCGGAGAGGCCCCAAGCCCUCAUGAAGACAGUCCUCUGAAGUACUGGGGUGUCAACAAAAUCAGGUUCCCCACUUUGGCUAAAAUGGCCCAGAAAUACCUCUCAGCCCCAUGUAGCAGGGUGGAAAGUGAAAGGCUUUUUAGCUCAGUGUCACACAUUAUAGAUGAAAACAGAAACAGGCUGACUGCUGAUAAUGCAGAAAAGCUACUUUUCUUAAAAAAAAACCUGCCACUCACAUUUUCUAAAUAGGCUCCAUUAAGUGAGUCGUCUUAGACUUGAUGUUAAUACCUACCUCAGUUGCACUGACUGCCACAGUUCUAUGUUGGUGGAUGUUGUUAGUUUAUUCAAAUAUUGUGCACUAAAUAGCAAAGAUGUUUAUUAAUGCCCCUUGUGUUGUCCAAAGCGGCAGAGUUUACAACAAACUGAAAAAAAUACUUGAGUUGCACUGUCACUGUUUACAUUUUUUUUUAUAAUUAUUUAUUCUGUAAUAUGUUGCAUACAACAUGCUUUUCAUUUUAAAUAAAUGUUCUUAAUUCCAAACUAGUCCCUUGUUUUUUUUUUUGUUAAAUUAUAUGACUAAAGCUGUUACCUGUAAAUUUAAAUCAUGUUUUUAUUAAGUACUCGGUAUCGGCGAGUACUGAAAUGCAAGUACUCGUACUCGUUUUCCAAAAAAGUG